AUGUCUUCAUCAUCAUCAUCAUCAGCUGUUAAUGAUUACUUGAGAGACGAAGAUCUGACACAAGAAACAAGAGAUCUGAUCUCUUCUUUUCCAAGCGAGAAAGGUUUGUUAGUGAGUCAAUUGUAUCAGUUUCAAGGACGUUGGCACACACAAGCUCUGUUACAAGGACUCUUGGUGUGUCAAAAACACUUCGAGGCCAAAUAUUCCGACAUUAUCCUCGUAACCAAUCCUAAAUCAGGUACCACUUGGUUAAAAGCUCUUGUCUUUUCUCUCAUUAACCGACACAAGUUUCCAGUCUAUGCUGGUGGUAAUCAUCCUCUUCUUGUUACCAAUCCGCACCUUCUCGUACCCUUCUUGGAAGGAGUUUACUAUGAGUCUCCAGAUUUUGAUUUCUCCAAGUUGCCUCCUCCAAGAGUCAUGAACACGCACAUACCGCUUCUUUCCUUACCCGAGUCUGUUAAGAGCUCGUCUUCGGUUGAAGCGUUUUGUGAAGGGAAUUUUAUAGGUGGACCCUUUCGGGAUCAUGUGUUGGAGUAUUGGUAUGCGAGCCUUGAGAACCCGAACAAGGUAUUGUUUGUUACUUACGAGGGGCUGAAGAAGCAGACUGGAGAUACCAUCAAGAGAAUAGCUGAGUUCUUGGGAUGUGGUUUUAUUGGAGAAGAGGAAGUGAGAGGGAUUGUGAAGUUGUGUAGUUUUGAGAGCUUAAGUAGUUUGCAAGUUAAUAGAGAAGGGAAGUUGCCUAAUGGAAUGGAGACUAAAGCUUUCUUUAGAAAAGGAGAUGUUGGAGGAUGGGGAGAUACUUUGAGUGAGUCCUUGGCAGAAAAAAUAGAUAGAACCAUUGAAGAGAAGUUUCGAGGUUCUGGUCUUAAAUUUUCUUGUUGA